AUGGCACUCUUUUCACAGCCUGGUCAGCAGGGUUUUCAGGCUUUGCUAUGGAAAUGUCGUGUGUUCUGGCCUGUUUCAAGAUGCCAACAACUGUUUGCUGUCUCUUGCAACAUCCCCGACAGGGAAAAAAUCAAGUAUUUCAGUUUUAUGACAUCUUCCAGCACUGCAUUACCAGUGGACACCAAAGAAAAUAAUGUCUUACCUGCCAAGAAAAGGCCUGAAAGUCACAGUGAAGGAGAAAAAGGAUGGGGUGAGGAGACUAAAGAAAUACCUGAAGGGAAUCUCCACUCUUCUUCCACUGUUGGAGCUGCAAAGAAGUGGUCAGUGAGUCGAGUUGUGUCAAGGCAUCACUAUACCAACAUACAACCUCCAGAGAAACCUUUGCAGGCUGAGGAAUGGAACAGACUAAGAGAGGACUUCCAAUCACCUGAAAUAUUCGAAGAGAUGAUGUUGAACAGUAUGAUCAGGUGCAACAGCCCCAUUGAUGUGGCCAAGUCCCUGCUGACCCACAUGGCACAGCGCAACGGUGACAUUGCAUAUGGUGUGUUGGUCAAAUACCUGACACUGUGUGUCCAGCAGGGACAGACCUCAGAAAUUCAUGAUGUGUAUGACAUAAUGAAAGUCAGGUUUAAGGUCUUAGAAAGUGGGGCCUAUAACCUUCUUAUCAGGGGGAUGAGUAAUUCAGAUCAGUGGAGAAUGGCCUUGACUCUCUUGGAAGAAGUAAAGAAGAUUAUGAUUCCCUCACGGACAAAUUAUGAGUCCUGUAUCAAAGCAGCCUGCCGGCACCAGGAAAUGAACCUUGCCUUUGAACUGUACCAUGAAAUGUUGGCCAAUGAUUUGGUCCCAACCUUGGAUGUCCUGCAGUUCUUUUUUGAGAUCAGCAGGGGUAUGAAAGGUGCUGAGUUACAAAAAGAGCUGUUUGGUAUCCUCUUAUAUUUGAGAGAGAACCAAAUAUACCCUCACAAAACAUUUAUGCAAAGCAUAAAACUGUGGUUUGAAAGUAUCCCAGGAGGGAACUGGAGAGGACACCUGACCAGCAUUAAAGACAG